AUGGUUUUGAAGGAUAAAAGAAAAAAAAAAAAAAAAAUCGCAAAAUAUACGAGCAAGAAAAAUUUCAGUAAAUUUCCUACCAAGGAAGAAAAUGACAAAACGGGAAAUGCCAGCCACAGAAGCGAACUCUAUGACGAGAGCGACUUACCGUGUUAUGACAAUAAUGACGACAUUCUAAUUAAGGAUAAGGAUUUUUUUUCGUACAUUUUAAAGUCUGACGAUGAAUUAAGCGAGAAAGGGACACUUGCAAAGGGGCAAGCGUCAAGUAUAGAGGCACGGAAGGGCCAUAGUGCCGACUUCCUCCUGGCAGCAGUGGCGUUUAGCAUACCUCCCGGCAUG